AUGUCUUGGAAUGUUAGAGGAUUGGGGAAGUUAGAGAAGAAGGGAAGGAUUAGAAAGCUCAUAUAUGAAAGAAAGGCUGAUGUUGUGCUUUUUCAGGAGACAAAGAAAGUUUCUAUUUCUGAGUGUGAAGUAAGAGCAUCGCGGGGCAGGAGAAAUAUGGAUUUUAUGGUUGUGGGUUCUAAUGGGACUGCUGGGGGUUUACUUUGCAUUUGGGACCCAGACUUUUUUCGGUUAGUGGAUUGUUACAGUAAUAGAAGAUUUAUUCUCCUAUCAGAAUCUGCAUUCCCAAAUCCAUGGUGUUUGGGAGGUGAUGUAAAUGAGAUUAGAAAUAUUGGUGAGAGGGUGGGUUGUUUCAGAAGAGAUAAGGGGAUGAUGGAUCUAAAUUCCUUCAUUGAGAGUUGUGAGUUGAACGAUUUACCAUUGCUAGGUAGGAAGUUCACAUGGUGCAAUGCUCAAGAUGGCGAGAGAUGGAGUAAGAUUGAUAGAAUUUUGCUUAAUCCAGAGUGGCUGCUAAAGUUCAAUUUUAAAUUAUGGGGUCUUCCAAGGCUUUUUUCUUAUCAUUGUCGUCUUUUGCUUAUAGAUGAUGAGAGGGAUUGGGGACCUAAACCUUUUAGGUUCAUUAAUGCUUGGACUAUCCAUCCAAGUUUUCCCUCAUUAUUGGAAAAGGUUUGGCAGGAAGCUAGGAUUAAUGGGAGAGCUGGAUAUGUCUUGUUCCAAAAGCUAAAACUUUUGAAGGUGGAGCUGAAGAAAUGGAAUUCUAAAGUUUUUGGAAAUCUAUCAACAAAACUCAAAAAGACAGAGGAAGAAUUAGUUGCUCUAGACAUUCUGGCUGAAGGUAGACCUCUGGUUGAGGCUGAGAAAAUUGAAAGAAGAACAGUGAGAGGUGAAGUUUGGAAGCUUAGUAGAAUUGUGGAAUAG